AUGAGCCGGGCUUGCUGCGCCCGAUCCAAAGCCCCCUCCGGGAACCGCGAGGCUGCGCGCUGCUUCCGCGCGCCCUCUGCCGGCCGGCGGCGGCGGCAGCAGCAGCAGCAGCAGCCACAGCAGACUCGAUCUCCCGGGUCUGGUCCGCGCGGCCCCGGACUCCGCCCGACCCGGCUGCUGGUGGUCUCCCUCAUCACCCUCCAGCUGGGCCUGGCCUGGCGCUAUUUCCUGUGGGAGAAGGAGAAGCAGGAGAAGCAGAAACGCAUCGAGGAGCUGCGGAAAGUGUCCAUCGGGCAAGGCAGCUUCCAGCUGGUGGACCACACCGGCCGGCCCUGCUCCAAGGAGGACCUCCAGGGCAGCUGGGUCCUGCUCUACUUUGGCUUCACCCACUGCCCGGAUAUCUGUCCGGAGGAGCUGGAGAAGAUGAGUCGGGUGGUGGACAUGCUGGACGCGGACGCCAAACUGCCCCGUCUCCAGCCCAUCUUCAUCACGGUGGACCCCGAGCGGGACACGGUGGAGGCCGUGGCCAAGUAUGUGAAGGAGUUCCAUCCGCGGCUCCGGGGACUGACCGGCACCCCUGAACAGGUGCAGAAGGCAGGGCGGUCCUACCGCGUCUACUACAGCACCGGCCCCAAAGACGACGACAAUGAUUAUCUGGUGGACCACACGGUCAUCCUCUACCUGCUCAGUCCGGACGGGCUCUUCCUGGAUUACUACAAUCGGUAUAAGACGGACGUCAAGAUUGCGGAGAACAUCCGGGGACACAUGACCACCUACAAGAGCCUCCUGGCCUGA